AUGGCUAUUUGUCUCCUUCCACGCCGGGCGAUUGUCCCCCGCCCAUUGGCUUCCAUAUCAAACAUCACCAACCUCACUUGCGCCUCAACACAUCUGCGCCGCUCUUUCAUCUCUCUUCCUUCCUCAGAACCCCAAAGGUUGACUGCCCACCGCAUUCUGCCAUAUCCUUCUGAACCCCUUUACGAUCUCAUUGCCGACGUCGACUCCUACUCUUCUUUUGUUCCAUACUGCUCCCGCUCUCGAGUAACUCGCUGGUCUGAUCCUGACCCAACCACUGGCCGGCGGUAUCCUACACUCGCCGACCUGCAUGUUGGCUGGGGAGGAUUUGAUGAAAUCUUCACAAGUCGGCUGCGCUGUGUACCAGGUCAAUCCGUUGAAGCCAUCAGUGGAGAGACUGUCCCGGGCGGUACAGGGCCUGAUGCAUCAGCCGUCUUCCGGAGCUUAGUGACACGCUGGUCCGUAAGGUCAAUUGCUGGACCACCUUCACCACGUACAGAAGUCCAUCUCGCCAUCGACUUUCAGUUUACCAACCCCCUCUACGGCGCUGUAAGUGCCGCAGUAUCCGACAAAAUAGCAAGCAUGAUGAUAGAGGCAUUCGAAAAGCGAGCAUUUAAAAAGUUGAAUUCGCAACGAAAGCUCUAG